CUUUAUCCUGCGAAUACGGUGGUUGACUCAAAUAUCCAGCUAACGUAAUAAGGCUGUGUAUUUUUUCAUAGACAAACGACCUGAUGUUAACCCCAGCUUUAGCCAGGAAGUUGAUCAGACCCCAUAAAGUAUUUUGAUUGACAGCAGAGAUGAACAGACACGCCCGUUGUGAGACGAAUAUAAAGCAGGAGCCUCGAGCAUAUGCAUCCAAGCAUCGGGGACCUGGCAGGAAAGAUUUGAAGAUUAACGAAAUCAGACUGCAAUCAUGACUCCAAUCAUGACUUCUAUCAUCCUGUUGCUGUCACUGAUAAGCAUUUAUCCAACCGUGUCCAAGGGCAGUGAUGAGAAUGAAAACCUGGAUGUCAACGAAAUCAUUGCAAGGGUAAAUGCAAACAUAACGACGCAUCUGAUUCAUGGCGACAUCGCCUUAAAUGUGCAAAGGAAUGCCGAUCCCUGCACAGACACAGGAUGCAAAUGGCCGAAAUAUGGAAAAUAUGUCUACAUUCCCAUCUCUAUCUCCUCAUCUUACAGCCGCACAGAGCGAUCGACCAUCAUCCGUGGCUUGCUGAGUUUCUAUAAAGACACCUGCAUUCGCUUUAGGUGGAGACGCUGGUGGCAUAGAAACUACCUGUACUUCUUCCCAGGAUCUGGGUGUUGGUCGUACCUGGGUCGUCAGCCCAGAGGACAGGCAAUCUCCUUGCAGAAAAACGGCUGUGUGUACCUUGGCACUGUGCAGCAUGAGGUUCUUCAUGCCCUUGGAUUCCACCAUGAGCAAGUUCGCUCUGACAGAGAUGAUCACGUCACCAUUAACUUCGACAACAUCAAAGACGGAGCUGAAAGAAACUUUCAGAAGGUGGACACGAACAACUUGAGCACUCCCUACGACUUUGACUCUGUCAUGCACUACAGCAACAUGGCUUUUUCCAAAAACGGAGAACCAACCAUUGUUGCCAUAAACAAUCCUGACGAGGUGAUUGGUGGUGCUCAGGAGAUGAGCGGCAAUGACACUGCACGUGUCAAUGAGCUCUAUCAGUGUGAUGUGUAAACCAUAGAGGGAACGUGUUGGCCGUCAGAUUCUGCAGCUCUCAUUUCAUCGUACAUGCUUCCAGCCUAAAACGAAUGAACAAGCAGGCGAAAUUAAUGCCUGCGAAUAUGAGACAAGGAGAGCGGAACUGCGGCUAUACUUUCGAAUCAGAAUUUUUGUGCCAUUUUCUGUUUAGACGGUAUACGUCAGG